AUGAGGAGAGGGAGUGGAAGAGAGGUGGUGGUGGUGGAGAGGGAAAGUAGAGGGGGUUUGUGGAAAAUGGGAGAGAGAUUUGGGCUUGGGUUAGGGUUUAAAGAACGAGAGAGUGACACUGUGAAGAAUAGUACAGAUUCUGCAAAUGAUUACGAUGGCCAUACUGCAAAUGAGUAA